GUGUUUAACACCGUGAAACCACUGGUGGCUAGUACAAACUAUCCGGUUCUCAGGUGAUUUAGAUCGGUUUGCGUAUGUACUGUUCCUCAUUGGUCUUCGGAAUACUUGUUACUCUCUCCAUAGCCUGGCUUUUUGGUACACAGAAGGAUAAAGAGCUUUUGAUAAAUACCAUGUUAUUUUCAGUGGCAACACUUGUAGAAUCCAACCAGACACGCGACCAAAUGACUGAGUUUUGGAACAAACACUCCAUGGCUCAAAGCGUUGAGGAAAUGAUGUUGGACAGUAAGGCAGAAACCUUGACGCAGGAUGAGCACCCAGAAGUCAUGGGAAUGCUGCCAAAUAUCAAAGGAAAAGAUGUCCUGGAGCUGGGAGCAGGAAUUGGACGUUUUACUGGAGAUAUUGCACAGGAAGCUCGUCAUGUUACUGCUGUUGAUUUCAUGCAGUCAUUUACUGACAAGAACAAGGAAGUGAAUGGCGCUAAGUUCAACAACAUUGACUUUGUUUGUGCUGAUGUUACAAAGCUGGAAUUGCCAAAAGGAAGCUAUGAUGUGAUUUUCUCCAACUGGCUUCUGAUGUACCUUUCUGAUGAAGAACUUGAGAAGUUAGCUAUGAACAUGCUUCUGUGGCUACGAGAUGGUGGCCACCUUUUUUUCCGGGAGUCUUGCUAUCAUUCCUCAGGGGACAUGAAAAACUCAGAAAAUCCCACAGUGUACAGGACUCCUCAAAUGUACACAGAAGUCUUUUCUGCUGUCAAAGUGAAACUUCCUAAUGGUAAUUCCUCUUCCCUGGAAGUGGUGACCAAGCGUUCAGUGGAGGCAUAUGCAAAGCACAAACAAAACAAGCACCAGUUUUCCUGGUUGUGGAAAAAGGUGAUGUUAAAAAAUGGAAGCAAAGGAAACAUGCAGGAAUUUCUUGACAACAAUCAGUAUAACAAGGCAGGGAUCCUCAUGUAUGAAAGAGUGUUUGGAAAAGGCUUUGUGAGUCCUGGAGGGAUGACAACAAUGAAGGAAUUUGUUGGUCGACUGAAUCUUCAGAAAGAUCAGCACAUCCUAGAUUUGGGGUGUGGCAUAGGUGGAAGUGCCUUCUACAUUGCUAAUACAUACCACGCUCAUGUCCUUGGUAUGGACCUGUCCACAAACAUGAUCAACUUUGCUCUUAAAGCAUAUGAAAGUUCUAAAAGUAGCCAGGUCCAAUUUGAAGUAAGUGAUGCCUCAACAAGAGAGUUUCCUGCUGAAAGAUUUGAUGCAGUAUACAGCAGAGAGACCAUUCUUCAUAUAAAGGACAAAAAAGCCCUUCUCAAGAAGAUUCUGAGUUGGCUCAAGCCUGGUGGACAGUUAUUGAUCACAGAUUACUGUUGUAGUCGUGGUGAACACUCCGAGCUAUUCAAAAAGUACCUGGCAGAACGCCAGUACCACUUAAUUGAUGUUGAAAGCUAUGGAAAGAUGUUACGUGAAGUUGGAUUUGAGGCAGUCACAGCUGAAGACAGAACAACACAGUUUACACAGAUUCUCGAGAGUGAACUGAAAAAUUUUGAAAAGUCAAAGGAGGAGUUCAUCAAGGACUUCUCAAGUGAAGACUACAGCUCUUUAGUGAAUAGCUGGACGAACAAACUAACUAGAUGUAGAGGUGGUGAACAUACAUGGGGAGUUUUUUAUGCCAGGAAGCCAGUUACUUCAUAACUGAACAGAUAUGUUCAUGCCAGCAACACAGUUGCUUCUGGAUUGAGAUGUAGAGGAUCCAUAGCAGUCACCUCUAGCAACCUUAAAUGAAACCAUAAUCUGUGUUCUGAGAAUCAUAGGAGUAUCUAGGGGCCUCUCAAUAUUGGCCCAUUCAAGUGGGCUGGCUUUGCUCACAUGACUCCACCUCACAAUUCUGUUCAUAGCAAAAAUUUGGUUUGAUUUGGUGGGUCAGCCCAUCAUUUUUCUCAUGAUGAUCUCUGAAGUGGGGCGAGAAAAUUUCCACAUGAUUACUCCAGCGCUGUUUCAGUGUGGCUGGUGGCCCUAUUGAUGAUUUACUUUUCUUCUUGUCGAUCAAGUUGUAAUUUUUGACAUGAGUACUUUAAGAAGGCUUUAAUUUCACCUUGAUUAUCCUAUUCUGGCUGUUGGUCAGUGGAGACAAGUGUAAUAGUGAAGUAGAAGUUGGGGGUAACUCCUAACACUGCAACAAUUCUUUCUGUACUUUUUUUUUUUUUUUUUUUAAUCUUCCUCAAUUAUAAAGAGUGUGUCACAGGCUAAACCUUGUUACACAUAAUUAAAUUUUCUACAUGAACAAGCAUGGCCCAGUGAUCAGGCUUGCGCAAGGAGGCCCCAGGAUAAAGAUGUUGGCAAAACAAACUCCAGGUUUUCUGUCCACUUCUCUCAACAGCUGGUUUAGGGCUGAUUACAGUGCUCUUAGCUGGAUGUGGACCAACAAAAGUCACAUAUUUCAUAAGAAAGAUUCUUAAAUGAAUGAAGAAACCUUUUUAUGCAUAACUACAAACAGAAGAGUAGUUUUACUGUAAAUUGAUAGACAUAACGAGACAGAUUUUCAUACGAAAAAUAAUUUUAAAAAGGUAUAUCCUAUCGUCCGUAUGACUUUAUUAUUGAGUUUAUUUAAUUAAAAUUUGUGCUUCCUGUU